GCUCUUUCCUUGUACAAUCAACUUCACUUAUCAACCUUUCCUCAUUCUCCUGCAACAUCUCCAUCAUGUCUCCUCCAUCAGCAAUCGAGCCACAGGCAGGUGACGAGACGAAGCCAAACACAGUAGCGCCAAAUGAACCGGGCUUAAGCCAAAAGGAUGGCAAGCAGGAGAUGCUCAAGUUUCCGACGCCACCCAAGUUCGAUGAUCCAUACAAGGAGCGUGCAUACCUAAAGGGCCGACUUGCUGCGGCAUUCCGCAUCUUCGGCAAGUACGGCUUUGAUGAGGGUGUAGCCGGCCAUAUUACCCUCAGGGAUCCCGUAGACCCAACGACGUUUUGGGUGAAUCCCUUUGGUGUCGCCUUCAGCUUGAUGAAGGCCUCGGAUCUCAUCCUCGUUGACGCAAAAGGCGAAGUCAUUGACGGCGGAGAGUGCCGACUUCUCAACACGGCGGCAUACAUGAUCCAUCAUGCAGUCCACUCAGCUCGUCCCGAUGUAAUCGCUGCAGCGCAUUCACACUCAAUCUACGGUCGCACAUUUUGCUCGCUCGGUCGCAAACUGGAUACCAUAACUCAAGACUCGUGCGCCUUCCACGACGACCACGUCCUUUACGAGUCGUUCAACGGUAUCGUGCUAGCAGAGGAAGAGGGCAAGAACAUUGCCAAAUGUCUGGGUGACAAGAAGGCGGCACUACUCCAGAACCACGGCCUGUUGACUGUUGGUAAGACGAUAGAAGAGGCCGUGUUUUGGUUUGUCAGUUUGGAGAAGUGCUGUCAGGCGCAAUUGAUGGCCGAUGCUGCGGCUGCGGGACGGGGCGGGGAGACUGUUAAGAUUACCGAAGAGGACGCGGUCUAUACGCGCAAGACCAUAGGUAGUCCGCUCGCGGGCUUCUUCAGUGCAAAGCCGAUGUUUGAUGUCAUCCACAGGGAGUCGAAUGGAGAGUACCUGGAGUAGUGGGCAUCUCAUCAGAAUACAUGAGCCCUGUUAGUCUCUUACGAGUGGCGAAACACGUAGCCAAGUAUAUAGCUAUGCCAGCGCAACAAUCAUGGCGCUAGGGCAUAUGGAAUUGUGAGAGCGUGGACGCGCAAAGAUUAGUUGAGCUACAUGCUCGG